AUUUUUUUUGAGUACAUAAACCCCUCUCCUCGAAGUUGAAAAAAAAUACAACAUUGUAAAACCCUCAGAAACCAAAAAUGAUGUCCGGUGCAUGUUGUGCACUAACCCACACCCCCCUUCUGUCACCCCCUUCCGUAACCGUUUUCCCUCAACCCACUCCUCUUCAAUUUCAACCACUCUCUUACCGCUCUCUACCUCCCUUCACCCAUUUGCGCCUCCGUCAUCCUCGCCUCUCCGCCCUCUCCAACGACGGUUCCGGCGGAACUGGUGGAACAGCCGGUAAUGGCGGCUCUGGAGGCUGGAAUUCCGGUGGAAACGAAUCCGAGGAAGAUGGAGGAGGAAAAUGGUCCUUCUUGUCAUGGUACAUGGCUCUUCUCGCAAAGUAUCCUGUUCCUGUUAAGGCCUUAACAUCUGCAAUUUUGACACUGAUUGGAGAUUUGAUUUGCCAGCUUGUGAUAGACAAAGUGCAGACACCGGACUGGAAGAGGACAUUCCUCUUUACACUGCUCGGUAUCGUGUUAGUUGGUCCAACACUGCAUUUCUGGUACUUGUAUCUGAGUCAAUUGGUUACACUUCCUGGAACAUCAGGUGCACUUUUGCGGCUUGUACUUGAUCAGUUCUUAUUUUCUCCCAUGUUCAUUGGAGUUUUCUUAGCUACAUUGGUGACGCUAGAGGGAAGACCAUCACAAGCUGUACCUAAGCUUAAACAGGAGUGGUUUUCUGCUGUUAUAGCAAAUUGGCAAUUAUGGAUACCUUUUCAAUUUCUCAACUUUAGAUUUGUCCCGCAACAAUUUCAGGUCCUUGCUUCGAAUGUUGUUGCUUUGGUGUGGAAUGUUAUUCUCUCAUUUAAAGCACACAAAGAAGUUGAUCCAAAAUAGGCUAGGAACUUGGGAGUAGUUGCAGUAGCUGUACUGUAUUCAAGUAUUUAUUUAUAUUAAAAAUGUUAUUGUUAUGGUAAUUUAGGUGAACAUAAAAACUAGGUGUUGUAUAAACUUGCAUGUAGGCUUGAAUGCUGGAAUUUAGGAACAUUAGGGUGAGGGUAAUUAUCAUUCCCAUUCUCUUUGCUAGAUGUGUGUUGCAUAAUCCGAGGGGGUGUGGAUAAGAGAAAUUUUUUCCCUUUUAAUUCCUUUGUUUCUUGCUGAUCUGGGCUAUGUUGGGCCUUGAUUUCUUUUUCUUCUUCUUCCUUUCUAGUUUUUAUUCAAAAAAAGAGAUUGAGAUGACUUUUAUUUUCUAAAGUGAAAUAAACAUUUUGGUGACGUAGAUUGUUCAGUACA